AUGUUUAAAAAACUUAAAUCAGUAUUUUCUAGGCCAAAAUUAGCACCUGAGGAAACAGACUGCAAGAAUGAAAAUGUCCCUCCACCACCCAAGGCAUCUACGAAACAGGAUGAAAAUAAAAAAACAGAAGAACCACAGAAAGCAGAGGCCAAUGGGAAUGCAAAACCAGUACCAAAGCAACAAGAACCAGAAAAAGUACCUGAGCCUCCAAAAAAUGAAAAUGCAGCUGAACCAGCUAAGACAAAUCAAGAGGAACAGAAUCAGCAAAAUGAUGCGAAAGAAGAUGCUAAUACACAGAAACCUUCAGGGGUUCAAAUAAAUGAGUAUGUUGAUGCCCAGCUUCUAGAGAUCGCCAGAAAAAUGCGUGAAAGGGCUGCUGUCUACAAAGAAAAGCUAAAAGACCCAGUGCUGUCCUCCCCUGAAGGCAGCCCUACAGCCUGUAAAAACACAUCACUGCCAAGUAAAGAGGAAGCAGCAGCAAAGCCAGAGGAGGAUCAUUACUGUGAUAUGCUGUGCUGUAAAUUCAAAAAACCUCCACUGAAAAAAUACAUGGAGUAUCUGAAGCUACCAGAAAGCAUAGACUCAUACACAGAUCACCGUUAUGUAGCAUGGCUCCUGCUUGUGACAAUUGCCUAUAACUGGAAUUGCUGGUUUAUUCCCCUUCGUUUUGUGUUUCCAUAUCAAACCCCAAGUAAUCUAAUAUAUUGGCUUGUCGUGGACAUUCUUUGUGAUAUCUGCUACAUGUGUGACUUACUGAUUUUCCAGCCCCGAGUGCAAUUUGUAAGAGGUGGAGAUAUUAUAGUAAACAAAGUGGAAAUGAAGAAAUUCUAUCACAGCUCCGUGAAGUUUCGGCUCGAUGUGAUAUCGGUAUUGCCAUUUGAAGUUUUAUCCAUCUUCUUUGGAUUUAACCCAGCAUUUAGAGCAAAUAGGAUGCUAAAGCACAACACAUUCUUUGAGUUUAAUGAUCGUUUGGAAGCUGUCAUGGACAAAGCAUACAUCUACAGGGUCAUCAGAACAACUGGCUACUUGCUGUUUAUCCUGCACAUUAAUGCCUGCCUCUACUAUUGGGCUUCGGACUAUGAAGGACUUGGCAGCACUAGAUGGGUGUACAAUGGCGAAGGAAACAUGUAUCUGAGGUGUUACUACUGGGCAGUUCGGACUUUAAUCACCAUCGGUGGCCUUGCAGAACCACAAACUCUCUUUGAGAUAGUUUUUCAACUGCUGAAUUAUUUCUCGGGUGUCUUUGUCUUCUCCAGCUUAAUUGGUCAGAUGAGAGAUGUAAUUGGAGCAGCUACAGCAGGACAGAACUACUUCCGUUCCUGUAUGGACAACACUGUCUCCUAUAUGAACACUUACUCUAUUCCAAGAGUGGUCCAAAAUCGUGUUCGAACCUGGUAUGAAUACACGUGGGACUCUCAAGGAAUGUUGGAUGAAUCAGAAUUACUGGAGCAGAUGCCAGUCAAAAUGCAGUUGGCCAUUGCAAUUGACGUGAAUUUUGCCAUUGUCAAUAAAGUUGACUUAUUCAAAGGGUGUGAUACCCAGAUGAUUUAUGACAUGUUGCUGAGGUUGAAAUCCAUUGUUUAUUUACCUGGUGACUUCGUCUGCAAAAAGGGAGAGAUUGGCAGAGAGAUGUACAUCAUCAAACAGGGGGAAGUUCAAGUCCUUGGAGGCCCUGAUGGUAAAAAAGUUCUGGUUACACUCAGAGCAGGAGCUGUAUUUGGGGAGAUCAGCCUAUUAGCUGCAGGUGGAGGAAACCGAAGGACUGCAGACGUGGUGGCUCAUGGCUUUGCCAACCUUUUCAUUCUGGACAAGAAAACACUCAAUGAAAUCUUGGUGCAUUAUCCGGACUCAGAAAAACUUCUCAUGAAGAAAGCAAAGGUGCUGCUGAAGCAGAAGGGGAAACCUGCUCCAGGACCACCAGUGCAACAACCACGUGGCUUAGCUGGUUUCUUUGGACAGAAAAAGGAAACUCCGAAAUUGUUUAAAGCCAUGGCUGGACUUAGGGGAAAAGAAGGCCUUUCUAAGAUGCUGCAGUUGAAGGGAGAACAAGAAGCUCAGGAAUCUCAAGCUGAAGCAGAGAAUAAACCUGUACAAGAAGAGAAGAAACCUGCAGAGCCUGCGGCCUCAUCUGCACCCCCUGCACAAAAGGAAGAGCCGGAUGCAGAUGCUAAGUCUAAAUCACCUGCAGUUAUGCAAAAAAGCACCUCGAAAGACUCUUUGAUCAUCAGUAUGGCUCCAUCCCCCAGAGCAGGAGAAGGAGAGAUUCUUACAGUUGAAAUUAAAGAGAAAAAAUAG